UCCAUUUUGCCUUGUGUGAAAAUAUGAGUUUUCUUUUUAAUAUUAAUGUGUGUCGAGUUUGUAUGCAAAAUGAGCAAAGCUGCGAUUUAUGGAGCAACAAGGACCUAUUGGAGAAAUUUGAGUUCAGUACCCGCUUAGAGGUUACCGAGGAAGAUAAUUUGCCAAAAGCUAUAUGUUCUAGAUGUACAGCACGAUUGAAAGUUGCAUACACCUUUAUUAAAACGGCACACGAAUCCGAAAAUAAUUUGAAAUUAUUUUUAACAAAAAUUAGCACAGAGUUUAAAGAAGUCACUCAAGGAAAUAAGUCUAUUAAGAAGUCAAUGAAUGAACAAAAUCUUACCGAAGAUGAUCUUUUAUCACUUAUGCACGACGAAAAUCAUGAAGAUAUUCUUACUGAAGUAGACGUACACGAGAAGCGCAAACAAUUGCUUACCCUUGAAAAAACCACAAAAAUAUGCAGGACGGAAUUAGAAGGCGAGACAACGAAAUGUCCUAAUGAAAUCAUAAAAUCGAAGGAAAAUGGUUUUGAAAAUUGCAAAAAAGAUGAAACAGUUUAUCCAUUAACUAAGGAUAUUUUAUUGAUACAUGCUAAUAACAAUGAGAUUGAUAAUGAAUACGAAGGCAAUUCACAUUUUAUGGAAAUUCCAACUCAAGAUGAUGAAGAAGAAACAGAAAAAGAACACUACAAUGAAGAAGUUGAUGAUGAUAAUGCAUUGGAAAAAAAUCAAACAUACACGAGCAUUAAUAUGUUGGAUGUAACUGAAGAAUCAGAAAUCCACUCACAAUCCACAGAAUUAGCUAUGGAAGAAGAAGAAAAUCGUGAUUACGACACGAUGGUUAAUAGUCAAGAUGAUACCAUACAAUACCAAAGUAUUUACGUCGAUGAGAGUUCCGUAGAUGAUACUAAUCCAAAAAAUGAUAACGACUUUUAUAUAAAUAAUUCAAAUGAAGACGAAGAAGAAGAAACACACGAAAAUCCACAUUCCUCUAAAAUAGAUGUCAUUAAUGAGCAAAAGGAAACAGGUAUCAAGUCAUUUUAUAAAACGGAAAUAAAUGUGCACCGUUUUUAUUGCAAUAAAUGCAGUCGUGAUUUCAGUACUAAAACAAAUUUAAAUCGUCAUAUGCAAUCACAUGAAGGCAAUAAACCAUUUUCAUGUACGGAAUGUAAAAAGAGUUUCACGCAAAAAUCAACUUUGAAACAACACAUGUACACACAUACAGGGGAGCGGCCUUAUGUUUGUGAAGUAUGUAACCGCGGAUUUACGCAAUGUAAAAGCUUAAUAUUCCAUAUGCGCCGUCACACAGGCGAAAAACCAUUUCAUUGUGAAUAUUGUUUAAUCACUUUUCGGCAGAAGGAUGCUUUAAGGAUUCACAUCUUAAAACAUCAUGUUCUUAUAGAGCAUGGUGCGGAUGGCAGUGAAAUAUUUACGUGUAUUAUAUGUCAAAGGAAAUUCGAAACUAAAGCUGAAUUUAAAACACACAUGAAAGUCCACACGGCAACUGCAGAAGUAGAUAAUGCUGUUGAAUUAUUGCAAGCUGAACAUGAAUGGUCUACAAUGAAAAGGUCAAAAAAUUCAAAUAAUUUUGGAUCUGAUUUACUAAUGCCUAUUGAUUCUGAAUGCAUUAAUGCUGCGGUUGUAAAUGUUUCUGCAUCGUCUGCAGCAGAACCGAGUCGUGCAAAAAAAUUUCAGUGUAGAAAGUGUUUUAAAUGUUUUGCAUUAAAAAAAAGUUUAUUACGGCAUAUGCGCAUACACUAUGUAAACAACGAUGAUGACUUAACAGAAUGUUUGGAUUGUGAAUUGCAAUUUUCAUCUGCGGAGGUUUAUCAAGAACAUAUCUCGGAAUGUCAUCAAUAUGCAUGUUCUGCUUGUCCUGAACUAGUCUUUAAAACUAUACAAGACUUGAAGAUACAUAUGUUUGAACAUGACUUGGAUCAUUAUCACAAAGUAUACUUAAUAUUUAAAAUGGAUCUUAAGGUAUGCAGAAUUUGUGGUGGUGUCGAAGAAUUAAAAAAUAUUUUAGACCAAGGUACCGAAAUUAUUGACAAAUUGCUCGUGUGCGCAAAUAUAAGUAUAUAUCCUGGAGAUUUGUUGCCUAAACUCAUAUGUGAACAAUGCGAAAAAAAAUUGGAUCUCUCAUAUCACUUAAGAAAACAAAGUGAAGCUACACAAAAACGCUUAAGGUGGGAAUUAAAUAGAGAACAGAAUGAACAAAUUCCCAGCUCACAAGAAAGAAAAAGUACCGAGAAUCUUUUAAAUCAUUCAAUAAGUAAUCAAUCUCCAUAUUCUAAGGAUAAUUUAGAAAUAAUGAUGAUUGGAGAGAAUUCUGUAUUGAACAUAGGUAAUUGUGAUCAAAUGAAAGAUAUUGUACAUGAACCUGUUAAGAGUAACAAACAAGUAUCGGAAAUCUAUAAUAUAGAGAAAGAAAUUAUUGAAUAUAUAAGCUGCGAUACAAAUGGCCCUCAAAUGUUAAAUCGCCAAACUCGAAAUGAAGAAAAAGGAAAGUUGGAACAUAAUGUUAUAACUGAGAUGUCAGUUAAUAAUGAUAGCACAAGCAAUGAUAAUUACGAAAAUAAUGAAACUAAUGAAAUUCCACUGCCUUCCGAAUAUUGUAGUAUAGACUUAUUAUCAUCGUCAACUGGAUCCACAACGAGUGACUAUUGUAAUGAUUUCGAGAAUGAUCAAGCUGUUGUUAAAUUUAAGGAUCUAAAUGCCCUCACCUGUAAUACCUGCCAUGAAGUUUUUACUAAAAAAAAGGACUAUAGUCUGCAUAUAAAACAACACGGAGAAGAACGAUACCAGUGCAUCCAAUGUUGCAAAUUCUUUCCUACACGUUUCCGAUUGAAAAGGCACGAGGAAAUUCACAUCGAGAUACCUACUCAUAAAUGCUCUUAUUGUAAGCGAAGCUAUCGUGUUUUAUAUAAUCUCAACCGACACAUACGGUCUGUGCAUUUAUUUAAAAAUAAUUUAGAAUGUAAAGUUUGCAAUGUUAGUUUCUCCCGUAUCGAUGUUUUAAAGCGUCAUAUGCAACUGCACUCUGACGAAAAAAAUUACAGAUGUUUAUUGUGUUCGCAAAGCUUUAAAACAAGGGAUUAUUUGUAUGCUCAUAGUAAGACACAUCACAGCGAAAAUUCUGCAAUAUCAAAAACUUAUAAACGAACCAAAACGGAAAACGUUAAUAAAAAUCAGUGCGGUCACUGUGGGAAGUUGUUCAAGUCACCGUUUGCCUAUAAAAAUCAUUUACUCAUUCACACAAAUGAAAAACCAUACGAAUGUGAAUCUUGCAAUAAAAAGUUUCGGACGAUCGCUGCACUUACAACACAUCAACGCAUCCAUGAUGACUAUCGGCCAUAUCAGUGUGAAUUGUGUUUAAAAAGUUUUAAACAAACUGCACAUUUAAAAGAACACAAACUUUUACAUUUAGACAAUGUUCCCCAGCAUAUCUGCUCCAUAUGUCAAGCACCAUUUGCUAAGAAAGGAAAUUUAAAGGUACACAUGCGCAUACAUACAAAAGAAAAACCAUUUAAAUGUGCGGACUGUUCUGCUGAGUUCAGUUAUAUGCAUUUGCUUCAAAGACAUGCAAGUAAGGUCCAUAGCAGAAGCAUACACAAAGUUUAUACUUUAAAUGACACUGAUGAAUCAAUUGAAAACGAUGACAGCGCCAAAAGCAAUGGUGCAGUGGAAUCUGAACUGUAUCAUUACAUUGAUACGGUUACUGAUGACGAUUAUGAUCAUGAUGUGGCAGAUGUUGUGGAUUUGAUAGAAGAUAAUCAAGAAAUAUAUGGGUCAUCUCCAGGUUUAGAAAUAAUAAACGACGAGUCUGCGAUAGAACAACACAUAUUCGAGGACGAGUAUGGUACUCGUGAAAGCGAACCAAUUGUGGAUUAUAUUCAAAUACAUUCAUUAGACUCAAUAAGAUCAGAUUUAGCUGAUGGCAUUGAUGACUAUGAAAAUCAUAUAACAGAACAAAAAGUUGAUCUUUUUGUAAGUGAGGAAACUAAAUUAACUAGAUCCGUGUAUAAUGUUACCAAAUUGGAAUAAGGUAAUCUAUUAUUCAUAAAUUUAAAGCGAAUUUAAAUAUGUAUGUAUGUAUAAAAUGGGAAUUUUUCAUUACAUGAAGUUUUCAACACGAUCAUAUC